UUGAUUAUGCCUUCACUCCAUCAUCUCCCUUAAAUUCGAACUCCAUUACAACUCACUCACUUCAUAGUUACACUCAGUCUCUGUAUUUGAUUGAUUAUACACACAUUUUCAACAUACACAUACAUUGUCCUUUUGAUCUCCAUGGAUCCACCCAUUAUCAAUGAGACCUCCUUCUCAGCAGCCAAUCCUUCUUCUUACACUCUAACUGGAAUCUGGCCCUUUUCUUUUGGCAACGCGGAAUCCAUGGUGACCGAGCAACAAAGCAGCGGUGGCAGGAAGCGGAGGGACGCCAACUUUGAAGACGAGUGUUCAAAGAUAGCGUCAACUAGUAGCGCCAAUGAUUUGAAUAAAUUGAAUGGUAAAAGAGUAAAGAUAUGCGGAUCAAGCGAUGAACCGGGUGGUUCAAAAGUAGACCGAGAAGGGUGUUCGGGGUCAGCUAGCAAAUCUGGUGUUGGUCAAACCGAUAAACCGUCUGAACCACCUAAAGACUACAUUCUUGUUAGAGCAAGAAGAGGCCAAGCCACUGAUAGUCACAGUCUUGCAGAAAGAGCUAGAAGAGAUAAGAUUAGUGAGAGAAUGAAAAUCCUGCAAGAUUUGGUUCCGGGAUGCAACAAGGUUAUAGGAAAAGCAACUAUUCUUGAUGAAAUAAUUAACUACAUCCAAUCAUUGCAACAUCAAAUUGAGUUCUUGUCUAUGAAACUUGAAGCAGUAAAUAGUAAUACAAGGAUGAGCUCGCCUGUAGAAGGGGUUCCUAUGAAAGAUCUUGGGACGCCACCCCUUGAUACAGUCGGGCUCUUAUUUGGCUCACAAACAACACAAUUUGGACACGGGUCUCAACCCGAAUGGCUUCAUAUGCAGUUAGGCAAUAGCUUUGGGCGAACCACUUGAACCCUAGACCACCCGACACCAUACACAUUGUUAGCCGAUUAGGAACUAGGAAACCUUGGCAGAUGCACCACUUGACAUGUGUGAUUACCUAAUAUACCUCCCUUCUAUAUUUAGAAAGUUAUUUAAGAGAUCUGCAUUUCAGGGUUAGAUGUAUCUUAUAUGAUAUAUGAAGUGUACUUGGACUUGAAAUCUCAUUUUUUUAGUGUGGGAUUCAACAAGUUUAUAUCUUUCACAUGGUUUACUUUUUAGUAUAGAUGAAAUGUACUUGGACUGCUAAACACAGUAAUGUUUACUUUUUACUUGGAUUCCAAGUUAUUGCUCUGACCAAUGACUUGGAAUCCAAGUAUAUAUGAAAAUUCAUAAUAUAUAUUAUAAAACA